CUGAAAGCUGUUCCUUCAGUGUUUGCUCUUUAUUCACUUCUGCAGGCAAGGAUCCCCAAAUCCAAAAUUCCAACAUGCCCAGAGAGAUGAUCAGGAAGUUCUUUCCAAAACGGAAGUGCUUUGUCUUUGACCGGCCUGUCAGUGACAGAAAACUACUAGUCCAUAUUGAGGACGUGCCAGAUGACCAACUGGAUGGGAAUUUUCAGAUGCAGUGCAAAGCAUUCUGUUCUUAUGUCUUCACUCAUGCAAAACCCAAGACCCUAGGAGAGGGGAUCACAGUCACUGGGGGAGGGCUGGGGACACUGGCGGUGGCCUACGUGGACACCAUCAACAGUGGGGCAGUUCCUUGUUUGGAGAACGCAGUGAUGACUCUGGCAGAGCGUGAGAACUCAGCGGCCGUGGAGAAGGCAGCCGCCCACUACAGCGAGCAGAUGGCCCAGCGCCUGACCCUCCCCACGGACACGCUGCAGGGGCUGCUGGAGGUGCACACGGCCUGCGAGAGGGAAGCCAUCGCAGUCUUCAUGGAGCACUCCUUCAAGGAUGACAAGCGGGAGUUCCAGAUGAAGCUUUUGGUAACGUGCCUUAGCAGGUCUCCUUCCUGAGUCUGUUCUUCUGGA